GUUUAUGUCUGUUGUUUAUGGCCAAAUGCGGUUAAAGCCAAUAGAAGACUGCGGCCAAAAACACGUUUCGAGUGCGUUCGGCACAGUUGGCUCAGUUGGGUAUAGGCCAGGCCAGGCCAGGCCGAGCCGGGCCAGGCUAUUUGCUGUUUAUCUAAGCUUUCAUUUAAACGCACCUCAAAGUGUUGGUUAAGUGCAUUUAACCUGAACGUUAACGUUUGACGUUUAAAUUGGCCCCGCAAACGGGUUUUUAUUGUCGUCGUCAACAUCAAUAUCAACAUCAACAUCAACAUCCGCUGCUGUCCAGAGCAAACCCGGACGGACACCGAUGAAAAACUAUCUCAAUGCCAUUUUAGAACAGAGCUGCCUUACCUCUGGAGUUCUACGUUGCUGGCGCUGUUCCACAGAUGUCUCGAAUGGCGAAUUCUGCAACGAUCCCUUCCAGUCGGACAGCAUCUCGGAGCAGCAGCGUUACUGGAGCUAUGUGAACUGCACCUAUUCGGUGGGCGUUAAGUCGGUGAAUGCGCGGCCCGUCUGCAAGAAGCUCGUGCAGGAAGUCUAUGGCAAGCGGGUCAUAUCGCGCUCCUGCUUCUACGAGGAUGUGGACGAUGCGCCGGACAAGUGCGCCAUGGACACGACCUCAUCCUACAUCAAGACCGUUUAUUGCCGCACUUGCACCACCGAUGGCUGCAACUCGGCUGGAGGACUCUCGGGUUUGGUGGGGCUGCUGGUGCUGCCCCUCCUCGCCGCACUGAGGCAGCAGCUAUGCAAAUGAGCUAAUGACUGGCAAAAUUCAGCCGUGGGUGGAGACUGCACACUUAAUUGCAUGAGGCAAAUGCAAAAAUGAAUUUAAAGCGUUGAAAUUCCUUUGAGCAGAAUACAGAACAAAUCAACAAAUUCUUAUUUCGCCUAGUUAAGUCGCGUUUCUUUCGACAUAUCUUUCAGACUUUUACACACACUGCGAAAUUCUCUUAUAAAGAUUCACAUAAUGCACUCAAUUUCAGCACCCAAUUGCUGGCAGUCACACUUCGCUAUAAAUAUACCAUAAAAUUACCAUAUAUAUACAGACUAUACAAAAUCUUAAAUGUAAAUGUUAUGUAGCUGUAGAGCAUUCAAAGGUUUCCACUUGGUCAGUCUUAAGCAAUCAAUAAAUUAUAGUUAAACGUUCGCAUAUUCUACUUGCACGCCGAUUGAUUACAUACACAUUUGAUUGAUUGCACACACCCAUACACACACAAACACACACACAUCUUUACAUAUAUAGACCUUUGUAAUAUUGUAUUACUUAUUGUAACUGUAAUCGAAGCACUUUUUUAUGGUGUCUUGCAAAUAAAUUGAUUAGAUGGUAAAAAA